UGUUUUAUUUCCUUUUUCCAUUCUUCCUACAAAACCUCCUUUCUUGCCGGCACUGCUAUCCCUCUCUCUCUCUCUCUCUCCAUUCCUCACACUCUCCCCUAUGCUUUCCUCCAUGCCCCAACAUUGCCAAAACGAUCCCAUUGUUUUCUACAACCGCCGUCCUCAGCCGUAAACCGCCGCGUAAAAACCAAAAAACAGAGCACAUUAUCAUUAUCAUCAUCAACAUCAUCAUCUCAGUCUAGCUAGUAUGGCAUUGAUUCUGCUCCGCCCUUGGUGGGUGGCGGCGGCUGUGAUAUCCUUCAUGGCGGUGGUGUGGCAGCUGAGUGAACGAGUCAACGCGGAGCCGACUCAGGAUAAACAAGCCCUACUCUCUUUCAUAUCUCUCACGCGGCACGCGAACCGGGUCCAGUGGAACGCGUCCGACUCGGCCUGCAACUGGUUCGGAGUCCAAUGCGACCCUUCACGCUCCUUCAUCCACUCUCUUCGCCUCCCCGCCGUCGGCCUCGUCGGCCCCAUUCCGCCCAACACAAUCGGCCGCCUCACUCAGCUCCGCGUCCUCAGCCUCCGCUCCAACGGCCUCACCGGCGAGAUCCCCGCCGAUUUCUCCAAUCUCUCCCUCCUCACCAACCUCUACCUACAGAACAACCACCUCUCCGGCGAGUUCCCACCCAGCUUGACUCAGAUGACUCGCUUGACUCACCUCGUUCUCUCAGCCAACAACUUCACCGGCGAAAUCCCGUUCUCCAUCAACAACCUCACACACCUCACUGGUCUCUUGUUAGAAAACAACGGUUUCUCCGGUAAACUCCCGAGCAUCACGGCCAAGCUAGUCAACUUCAAUGUCUCCAACAACCGCCUCAAUGGCUCGAUCCCCGAGAGCCUCUCCGGUUUCCCCUCAUCGUCGUUCGCCGGGAAUUUAGAUCUCUGCGGAGGGCCGUUAAAGCCGUGCAACCCGUUCUUCCCCCCUCCGUCGGCGCCGUCACCUUCACCGGCCAGUAAGAAGCCGAAGAAGAAGCUCUCCACAGCCGCCAUUGUGGGAAUUGCGGUAGGUGCUGCUGUGGCUGCAUUGCUGUUGCUGGCGCUGCUUCUCUUGCUUUGCUUCUGCCGGCGCAGGCGACCUGCGAAACCACCGCCGGCUGUGGUUGCGUCGCGUGCUGUUCCGGCUGCGGAGGCCGGUACCUCAUCUUCCAAAGAGGACAUGACCGGGUCGGCGGAGGCGGUGGCGGAGAGGAACAAGCUGGUGUUCUUGGAAGGCAGUGGUGUGUAUAGCUUUGACUUGGAGGAUUUGUUGAGGGCUUCCGCGGAGGUUUUAGGGAAGGGAAGCAUGGGGACUUGUUACAAGGCGGUGUUGGAGGAUGGGACUACGGUGGUGGUGAAGAGGAUGAAGGAUGUUGUAAUUACCAAGAAAGAGUUUCAGAUGCAAAUGGAGGCUCUUGGGAAGAUUAACCAUGAGAAUGUGGUUCCUCUCAGAGCGUUUUACUACUCCAACGAUGAGAAAUUGCUUGUUUACGAUUACAUGACUGCUGGGAGCUUGUCUGCUCUGCUUCACGGAAGCAGAGGUUCUGGAGAAACGCCACUGGAUUGGGACACACGAAUGAGAAUAACAUUGGGAGCGGCAAGAGGCCUAGCGAGCCUCCACGUGUCAGCAAAAUUGGUCCACGGCAACAUAAAAUCUUCCAACAUCCUCCUUCGUUCGAACCAUGACGCUUGUGUUUCGGAUUUUGGGCUCAACCCAAUAUUCAAGAACUCUGACCCGCCCAGCCGAAUCGCAGGAUAUCGUGCCCCGGAGAUCCUAGAAACCCUAAAAUACACCUUCAAAUCUGAUGUGUACAGCUUCGGCGUGCUGGUGUUGGAGCUGCUAACUGGGAAAGCGCCGAACCAAGCCUCACUAGGGGAGGAAGGGGUCGACCUUCCAAGAUGGGUGCAGUCGGUGGUUCGCGAGGAGUGGACCGUGGAGGUAUUCGACGCAGAGCUCAUGAGAUAUCAGAACAUCGAAGAGGAGAUGGUUCAAUUGUUGCAGGUCGCAAUGGGAUGUGUUUCACUCGUGCCCGAUCAGAGGCCCACCAUGCAGGAAGUGGUGCACAUGAUUGAGGAGAUUAACCGUAGCGAGACCGAUGAAAGGUUGCGUGGGUCAUCGGAUGAUCCUUCCAGAGGAUCUGAUGGUCACACACCACCUCAAGAGUCUCGGUCUACACCAAAAUCGGACACGUCAUAGUCAAAAACCUGUAAAGAGGAUAUAAUCAUAUAAAGAGAAAAGAUAAAAUUAUUGAUUUUAAAGUAAGGGUUGAGGGGAAAGAACGGGUGAGGUCUUGAAAAUGUGAAAAGUAAAGUAAAUAAGUGAGUUGUCAUUAGUCAAGUUUAUCUGUAAUUUUUCUAGUAUUUUUUAUUUUUCUAUUAAUUUCAAUUAUUUUUUACAAGUAAGAGACUUUGAAUUGUUCAUGGAGUGAAUCUGUAAGGGGUUGGGGAGUUUCAUGAAGUGAUUGAGAUUGAACAUUUCAUUUA